AUGGUGGGUUCGGGUGGAGCAGACGAUGCUGCGCGUUCUGCCGACCCUAUCCCGGCGGAUGACAGUGGUGCUGGAGCGGAACCCGAGAGGAACAUCCCCAGAGAGGAGAACGACUAA